UGUUCCCACGCCUGAUUAUGCUGCCUGUAAAAUCGCAGACCUGACGUGUCAGUGUCGGUCCGUUAUUCAUCCAUCAAGAUUCAUCAUGACUGGGAGAGCUCUUCUGUGUGGACUCCUGCUCUUCUGCAUGGCUGCAGAUGCAAAGAACACGGGAUCCCCAAGAAAGCCAUCUUGUCCUGGUACUGAUGAGUUUUUGGCAUGCCCCAUGAACUUGGCCCCUGUUUGUGGUAGUGAUGGACACACAUACGCAAAUGAGUGUACCCUUUGUGUCCACAGACAGACAACAAAGACAAACGUUUUGAUUGUGCACGAUGAAGCCUGCUGACCUGCUUAGCUGCUCAGCAAGUGGAUGUCAUCGGCAGCAAUGUUUCAAUCACAAUAAUCAGAAUGAAUAAUAAAAGUCUAUUGACAACAUCAUGA